GAGGAGUAGGGUUUAAGAGAUUCCGUGAGGGUUUUAGAUAUGCAGGGGUUUUAGGUGCUCUAGCACCGCCACUACUCUCAGUCUCUGUUGAAAAUGGAAGAAGAAGAAGCACCAUUUCACGGUGGCGACGAUGAUGAUUUCGGCCAACUCUACCUUGAAGAACCACUCCCUCAACAACAACAACGAGAAGCAGAAGAAGAAGAAGCCGAUGCUAACAGUAACCACGCCAAUGAAAAUGUUGCCAUCGAAAGCAGCGACGACGACGACGAUGAUGAUUUGAACAUCGUCUUAAACGACGACGGAUUCGACAUUGACGACCGCGAUGCUUCCACAUUUGUUCAUAAUCCCCCGCAUUUGAGGACUCAAGGUCAAGGAGGAUCGUUGUUUGCGAAUAAUCAGAUGAAGAAGUCGAAUCCCUCCUCCAUGGCAAUGCCUUCCUCCUUCAAUAACAUGACAUCAAGUCAUUUGUAUGCUGCUGCACCCAAUCCAAUGGUGUCGCAUCAGGGUGGAUACUCAUGGUUUCUUCCUUCGUACUGGAGUGCAUUUAAUGUAAAUGUUGAUGCUUUAAAGGAGAAGCCAUGGGUGUUUUCUGGAGUUCACAAAACUGAUUACUUCAAUUAUGGUUUUGAUGAGACCACUUGGAAGCUAUACUGUACUUCAUUGGAGCAACAUUGGCGAACAUCCACACAACAGGAGCAACAUUGGCGAGCAUCCACGCAACAGGAGCAACAUUGGCGAGCAUCCACACAAACUGGUAUUUCUGUUGACGGGUCUGCGAAAUUGAAUAAGCCAAAAGGAAAAGCAAUACGAGUUGAGGAAAGCAUGGGUGAACGCCAACCAUCCAUACACCUAAGGCGUCCAGUCAGCAGGGAUUCUGAUGUUGUUAUAGAGAUCAAGGUGCUUGAGUCCUCUGAUGAUCAUUCUGGUUCUGGCAACAGCACCGUAGUGGAUGCAUCAUUAGAAGUGGAAUCUAUUGUAGGCAAGAACAAGAAUAUUCUCAAUUAUUUCACUGAAUGUGAUGAUGUGCUGUCUGAAGAUCAGUUGGAAGACGUUAAAAAAUCAGAUGAAAUUUCUCUUCAGCAGGAAAGAACUAGCCUGAUUCCUGGUGUAAAUGAAGAUGGGCAUCAGGAUCAAGCUGACCAUCUUGCCGAAGAUACUGCAGAAGUUUCAGGGAAAGAAAUAAAAGCAGAGGAGAAUGGUGGCAUGGACGCAUGCAGUCCUUAUUCAUGCUGGAAUGAACCAGAGUUGUCACUUGGUGAUCAUGAGCAUAGCCUGACUUCCUAUACUGAUAGUGAUUCCGAGGGAACACAAAACAGUGUACAUGUUGAUGAUGAGAAAAGUCUUGUCCCUGAAAGAAGGCAAUCAAUCAAUUCCAUCACUGAUUUGAAGGGCAAGUCUUUGCCACUUUAUUGUGAGAACUCCAAGAAUAACAGUUUCAGCAGAAAAGCAGUAAAUGUAGCUUACAAUUCAAGAACUAGAGUUCCACAUAGAAAGGAAUGGAGGCAUCGAAGUGGUAGGCAUGAGGGUGGUUUGAAUCUGAAUAAGCACAAUGAAAAUGAUAAUCAUGUUUCCUCUAUCCUCAUGUCUGGUGCAAGGGAUCUGUCUCAGUUGGGUAGUCAAUUUGUUGAUUAUGGUAGUAGACAUAGAGAGCAACUACAAGGUUUUGGCAGUCAUAAAAGAAGAGAUGUUUCAUAUACUAGGGAAACUAAACAAACCUGCUAUUAUGGGGGUGAAAAGGCUGUUGAUGACCUGGUUCAAAGAGACCACUCUAAAUAUUCAUAUGAAGAAGGUCGAGUCCGGGAUAAAACAAACCGAUAUUACAGAAAAAAUUGGGGUGUCAGGAAUUAUUUUUCUAAACCAGGUUCUCGGAUGGCACGUUACGAGGACAGGGAGAGAGAUCAUUAUCAUGAUGGUUGGGGGUAUGCUGCUGAUGACCUGAACCCUGACUCUUGUAGGGAGUCAAUGCUGCUUCUUCCAAAACAUUCAUCCUUUCCUCACCAGGAGAGGGACACUCAAAGGGAAAGAAUAAAUGACAAGUCCUACUUUAGAGACAGAAACUACAAUGACGAUUUUGAUGAAUGUGAGAUUGAAUUUUCAAACAAAAGCUAUAGAAUGUCUCCUUAUUCUGCUGAGAUAGAAAUGGAAUAUUUAAAUAAUAAACGCGAUGAGCAGUUUCUACAUACUGAUAGAGAUUGGAGAGGAUCUGUCCGAAGGGUAAAACAUCGUGGCGAGCCUCCUCUUGUUUUGGAUAACCUGUGGUCUGGGAAAAUGGAUGAAAAAUGUCAGGCAUAUACACAUCAUCAGAACUCAAAUUUUAGGUAUCGUAGACAAUCUACACACUCAGUGAGAAAUGUUUGUGGAGCAAGAGUGAAAGAAAAUUUUGAGUAUCAUACCCAUGCUGCUGAAGAUGAAGAUUUCAUGCUUUAUCCUGUAGAAGAGUAUCAGUGUUAUAGGUCCUCAUCUAAGUUCCAGAACUGCACUGAGGAGGAACUUGUUUUUAGGCAUCAUGAAACUCAUGCAACAUCUCUGCAAGAUGACAUGCAAAUUGAUGAUAUAAAAUUGCGGCAGCAUCAGCUAAAUAUGCCAAGGAGAAAUAACAAUGGUUUUAAAAGCUCUAAGGUCAUAUGCAGAAGUAAUCUUAGGCAAGCAGCGCUGAGAUGCAGGAAAUCAGUUGAUUUGGUUAACGGGGAAGGAAAGUCUCAGGCAAGAAGUUCCGGAAUCUUUUGCAGUGGUAGGCUUCAAUUUGUCGAUGAAGGGAUUGCUAAGAAGCCAAGAGCUUCAGUGGGUCUUGCUGAAUCUCGUAAAAAGGCCAUUACAUUCGAAACCUCAAAGUACGAGAGCAACCUUGAAAAUAAGAAAUGUCUUCAAAACCUUCAAGAUAAAGGGCAGAAAGAAAGCUUGGAUAUUGAGGAAGGUCAGGUUGUACCAGAAGAACUAUUCACAGUGUCUUCUGUAUCCAGAAAAGAUGUUUCUGAAGGUGCAGCAAAGUCACAGCAUGAGAAUAAUUCUGACCAGUUUAUAGGUGGUUAUGACAAUCAAAGGAUUCUUGAUUCAUUAGCUAAGAUGGAGAAACGUGGGGAGCGCUUCAAGCAGCCCAUUACACUGAAAACAGAAGCAGAAGAAGAGGGUUUGAAGCUCAACAAUGACUCAGUAGAUGCCGGUGAAGCGAAGCAACAUAGACCAGCUCGAAAGAGGCGCUGGGUUGGUAGCUAGUUUUUUAUUUAUUUUUCAAGGCUUGAGAACCUGCUGAUUCAAUAAAGGGGAGACAGCUACUAUGAGGAAACUUGGUUAGUCCACAAAGUUUUUUGGCAGAAAUUCUUUAUCCAUGGAAUAGUUGAGAUCAGAUGUUAAUUUUCUUUGACUUGAAUAUAGCCUGAUCGGCCUAAUUAACAGUAUUGGCACUUUUGAAAGGUCUAUAUUGUGAAGAA